CCCAUUUGCGCAGGACCCGACGCUGCGCUCCCGCUGCUCUGCCGAUUCUCUCCCUCCGUCGGAUUACUGAUAUAAAACAUUUUUCCACGGAUGUUUCAAUCACAGGCGACAGAUUUCGACCCUUUCUCUGCACGUGCGCGCGUUUGCGCGAGACUGCAGGGCGGAGCGCGCGCACCCUCGCGGGUGAAGGGCGGCCUUCGGCGGUCGCGCUUCCUGUGAAAAUCCGCCGCUACAUUUUCCUCGCGCCGCAGAAUCGCAGCUCGUGGCAGGAGCAGGGCGCGCCGACUUCCCGCCGACCGAGCGUCUCCAUGGCGUUCGUGUCGCGCUUCUCCCGCUCUCGCAGCAGCUCCCGGUCCCCGAGCAGAAGGGAGUCGGACAGCGGCUCCUCCCCCGCGCUCACCGUGGCCGAGCUCGAGCGGCUCCUGUGCUCCGGAAAAACGGCCUGCAACCACGCCGACGAAGUGUGGCCGAACCUGUACAUCGGGGACCAGGACAUCGCCGCAGACCGCCGGGCACUGAGCAGACUGGGCAUCACGCACAUUCUGAACUGCGCACACAGCAAGUGGCGAGGAGGCGCCGAGUACUACGAGGGCAUGAACAUCGUGUACCAGGGUAUCGAGGCACACGACUCGCCCACCUUUGACAUGAGCGUCAACUUCUACCCUGCAGCCGAGUUCAUACACAAGGCGCUUUGCAUUGGAGGGAAGAUCCUGGUCCACUGUGCAGUGGGAGUGAGCCGAUCAGCUACCCUGGUGCUGGCUUACCUGAUGAUCCGGCAGAACAUGACUCUAGUUGAGGCCAUCAAGACGGUGAAGGGCCACCGCGGCGUCGUACCAAACCGCGGUUUUCUGCGGCAGCUCAGCGGGCUGGACAGCAUUCUGCGAACCAGCCGCAAGAUUUAGAGCAGCUCGCCGAGGGCUUCUGGUGUUUCCGAAGUGCUCAGCCAGCGCCGAGUUGGCUUCCUGUGAGAGCAGGUCUACUGGAAGAGCCCUUAUAAGAAGGUCCUGCAGGACUUGCUACAUCCCAAAGAGGCCUGUCUUACACACUCGGUCCUACUUGACACGACUGUGAGGGAACAGCUAGUAGGUCGGCCGCUGCGCUAACGGACGUCUUUCCAACAGCCGCUCGGAUGAUCGAGUUUUUUCAUUGCGGCUCGAAGACUAACGUUUGUCAUUUUCGAGCGUAGAAAUAACACGGUGCAGUUCUUGAACAGUGUGUAUCCUCCAUCGACUGCUAUCAUUGCUUAAUCGUGAAGCUGAUUUGUAAUCGAUGAUGCAGAGCAUUUCUUGCAGCAGCUGUUUCUCUGAAGAUUUUUCAACUGGUUGGGUGUUUUAUUCCCAGUAAUGUCACAUUACAUUUAAAGCUAUACUGUCCUAUCCUGGAAAUAUCAGGAUUGUUUGACCAAAAAUUACAGAAGCUUCACCAGGGUUAUAAUAAAUUGAUUUGAAAGAAUUACUUCAGGUACUUUACACUUCAGCUUGUACAGUGAGCAGUUCUAUCAUUUGUAGAACACAGAUAUUUCCACUGGUGGCAUUCAGCUUCAGUACCUUCAUGAGGUUACAGCACUGGGGCCACAUAGGCGUGAAACUUAAACCAGCAGCUUCAUGGUUACAAACUGAUGUUUGGCUACUGCAAUACCGCUGUUUUUUCCUCACGUGUCCACAGAGCAUGAGACCUACAAUGAUGACUCGACACUGAGAAGGUGUUUUGAGCGCUGUUGUAAACUGCUGGUUGCAGCACAUGGAUCCCAUCUCUGAGAAACACAACCGUUUCCCUCUGCAGCGGGGAGUUUAGGUUGAGCUCUUGAACACAAAUGGACGUGCAGAAGAUAGUCGUUACUCCCAAGUUUUUACCUGCCUGGGCAGAGAGAUACUACAGUGUGUCGGGGAUUGAAGUGGGACAGUCAACAGGACUGUGGACCUGCUGUUCAGGAAAGAAGACCUUCACCAUCCAGCCAGCUUUUUCAAGAGUCCACCGGUUCUGCUGCCCUCACACCGGAACCUGAGGAUCAGCGGAGAUCUGCAGACGCAGAAAUGAAGCUGCGGUAUUUAAAAAUGUGAAAUACCUCAAGUGCGUUUCGUCCCACUGUCUACUGUUGUCCAUUGUCGGCGUGUCGUGUCGUCUGUAAACUGCUGUGUUCACUCGAUGUCCCACUGCUGUCAGGGUGGUGUCCCGUAGCAGCGAGCAGUCAGCUGUUGCCAGUGGAUGUUCUCCAGUGACAUGUAGCACAUGGGAAACACAUGAGUUGUUGGUGUCAGAGUGUAGGGAACCUGUGAUUGGACCCUUAGUUCUGCGCCGUGUUCAGGUGUCCAUCUACAACCGCGUCAUUUCGUUGUACUUUGUCCCCCUCAGUCGGGGAACAGCACUGAAGGAUAUGAAGUUUACGCGGACAAAAUCAUUGGUAGAAUAUUUAUGUAAAAGAUGAAUCAUUCCAAGGACAACUGAAGCAUGGAAAAAUAUAGUUUUAAAGGGGUUACGAGAGAAAUGUACAGAUGAAAAGGUUUACCGUGUUACACUGAAGUUACUGUGUCCAUCCAUGCAUUCUGCACUGCUUUUGCUGGAAGGUACAUUCCUCGUGAUCGCAUGAGGAGCUACAGGAAUGCGGUCUUAAAGCGCUGCUCCCCGACAGGGAGGUGUCCCCAAAAUGUCAGUAUGCGACUCGUCACAUCGGUGUGGUUUCUGGAGGGGGGUGUCACUGUAGCACGAGGCUGAAGAACCCAGAUCGUGGUGGUCAGCCUUCCUUCUGCCAUCGCAUUGAAAACCAUCUGCAUCUCUUUUGGCUGCUCUGGCUUUGGACUCCGCUGUUCUGUCCCGGUAUAGUCGUCCAAGAGUGCGUGACUUGUGUUAAAUUUCAUAAAUGUGUGUGUGUGUGUGUGUGUGUG